GACACCUUCUUCCUGUUCAUUAGAUAAUGCGUCAUUAGUACCUCUUUCCUUUUACGCUCUCCAGCUCCUUUCUUGUAGAGAAAAGGUUUUGAUACUGGUUGCCUAGCUACUUGAUAUCCCCCUCUUUUUGUUCCUCGGAAUUUUCAGGCCCAGACCGCAAGGAAAGAAGGUCUCAACCCUGACCAUACUAGACCAUAUGCGGAUAGAUUUAUUAUAAACCAAACUCCCACUCCACCUUCCAAGCCUAUCUAUACACAAAAAUAACGAAAUAUCAUAAAAAGCCAUGGCUGAGAGUGUGACGGAUGGAGGAGGUUUUGUCGACAGUUUUGUUGGCUCUCCUUCUCCCUCGAGGGACGAGUCUCCUUCAAAAACCCUCCCAGCUGAAGCAGACACAGCUAAGAAACGUUUUUCUGACGAUUUCUCUUCAAGCCUAGAGGCAAUCACAACUGCCCAGAAUGGGGCCAUCCCCUCUGAGAGGACCGAGCCCUGGGAAAACUUUGACAUUGUUCCUGAUCGUUCCGACACACCCGCCAACUCUGACGAUGAACAUGAUGAUGAUGAUGAUGACGAAGAAGAUGAGUCGACGAAAGUAAAGAGCGAGAGCAAAGAGAACAAUCCUGUUGUUGAGAAACUCAAGAAACCCACACGCAAGUGGGAAAGCUUUGACGAUGAUGCAAUCAUCGUCAAGAAGAAAGGCGGGGCAGGUCUUAACGAAACAACGAAUCGUCUCAUCAAGAGCACUGAAGACCUGGACGCAGCAUCAGAUCCUCAAUGUGCAGUCGAUCGGGAGACGAACCAAUCAGAAUGGACCGCACUUCAUGACACGUUCAAAGAGACUGAUGCCCCGUUUGUUGAAGAUGAGGAGUCUCUUCCUUUCAGACGGACACAGAGCAUGAGGGCAGAUACCCAUAGAGCUGUGAGGAUAGUGGACGCCUUGCGACAACAAAGGCGACUUAGUAACACGAGUCUUGACAUUGACAAGAAGGGAGCCUUCUCAAACGAGGAUGACCUCACACGGAAAUUAAAACUAGACAAAGAGUGGGAUGUCCAUCUUAAGUUGAAUAAGCGGAUCCCGGGGACCAAAACAAAAUGGCUGCCUGUUCGUGUCUCUGUCAAGAAAGGCGUGCUCUCGAUAAAGAAGGGAGCAAUGCUUUCUCCGGGUCGUAAGAGUAGCAUCAGUCCUGCUGUAGUUGAGGACGUCAUUCUACAGCACAAUCAUAAAAUGACUGAUCCCGUCCCACGCUCCUAUGACAAGAACACCAAACUCCAUCAGAUUAAACUCCAGCAGAGCAUUGUCCAAGAGAAACGAUCGGUCAAGCGUCUAUUUCUAAUGGAACACGUGACUCGGUUCAAAACCCUCUACAAGAUCGGCUCACAUGAUCUGAGCGUCAUUCAAAGUAUUCUUGAAGCUGUCAAUGAAGCCGUUCGCCAGUUGCCAGUCACCAGAGCCAGGGGUGUGGCUUACAGAGUAAACGAGGUUUUCGUCGACGUCAAGGAGUCCUCGGAUAUAUUGAUGAACUGUGAUGGAGCGGUCCUGGACAGAAAGUCCCUCAUUAGGAUGUAUAUACAAGCCUUCCUUAGCGGAGCCCCCGACUGCAAACUAGUACUCAAUAACAUAGAGGCCACUCUCCUUCAAGGAAAGAGUGUCCUCACUCAGGGCAUGACAAGACAGGUCAGACUCCAAGACCUAGUCCUCCAUCCUUGUGUCAACAAAGACUUGUAUGGGUCUUCGCGUCAGAUCAAGUUCCAACCUGUUGAUGGAUCGACUUUUGAGCUGCUCCGCUGCUCGAUUGACCCGUACAUAUCUCCUCCUAUUAACGUCUCCUGUCUGAUGGAGUAUCAUCAGACACAGCAUAACGUCAAGAUAUCGUCCUCUUUCAUCGUUCGCAAGAAACACAACCUACGCCAACGACCAAUAACUAAUCUCGUCAUUCGUUUCCCCAUACCGACCUCCUGGAGCUCUCUAUUUCUCACAGAGGGCAAGUUUGGUCAGCAACAAACAAUCGGAUCGACUGCUAGUCUUCGUGGGAGCUUCCGCCGUAAGAUAAAGACAAGAGAGUGUAGGAUUGAGACUCAUCUCGGGAGCGCCCGCUACGAGGCAGAGCACCAAGCUAUAAUGUGGCGUAUUGGGACCUAUUCCACUACAUCACAACCUCACACUUUCUCUUGUGAUAUAAUGCUCAAGCCUGGGAUGCAGAAACCAGACAUGGUCAAUGAGAAAGCUGAGGUAACGUACACUGUUCCUGGGACAUCUACUGGUAUUGCAGUCAAGAGCUUCGAAGUGGAAGGUGCAUCUACACCAGAAACGUGGGUAAAGUAUGAGAUACAGUAUCGGUAUGAAGUACAGAUGUUCCCUGAUUUAUCUAUUGACUAGUAACAGUAAGUGAGGGAGAGAGAGAGAGUGGUAGUUUUUAAAGGUACUAGGGUUACAUUGAUUUCUUUUAUGUGUGAUUUAUUUGAAAGUUGUACAUGUACUUGGUUAUUUUUAGAAUGUUUUCAUUUUCACUAUUGUUAAUUUGUUAUUAUUAUUUAUCAUUCAUAAUCAGUUUUUCUGUUUACAGUUAACCGUUGUUUGUUUUUGUUUUGUGUGUGUUAUGAGUCUCUUUUGAGUUCUUUUUUAAUCAAUUUUUGAGAAUAUUAUUUAAUAA